GCUCAGCUGCAGAAUGAUGGUUGAUUCUGCGUCCCUCCAUCUUCAGAGCCGCUUCUGGCUCUCACACUCAAAACCCAAAUCCCUUCUUCUCCCAAAAUCGUACACUGCUUUCUACAAACUCCACUCACCAUCCAAUCCCAAUUCAACAAAAUUCCUCUCACCCCACUUCUGUUUAUCGCUUGUUCAUGCCCCUCCGCGAAUCGGGUUCCAUGUUUUUGCACAGAAGAAGCCAGGGAGAGGCGUCGCUCAACCCACUGACUCCGACAUUGAGUUUGAUGAAUUCUUCGAUGAGGAGGAGGAGGUGCUCCUGCCGUUGAAGAAGAUGAAGGAGUGGCUUGCGGGACGGCCUCGUGGGUUCGGAGAAGGGAAGGAGUACGAUACCUCCAUUGAAGACAAAUUGCUGCAAGAAUUGGAGCAGAGUAGGGCAGCUCAGGCUGCUAAUAUCAAUAAGCUCAAGAACCAGUCUUCCGAGUCCAAUUCUAGUAAGAGUGUUGCAGAGGUAAAAGCUUCAGAUAUUGGUAGUACUGGAUUUGGUGUCCGCAUUGUCAACCUUCCUAAAAAGAAGAACAUCCACAGAGAUCUGGUGGUGGCUUUUAAAGAGUUUCCUGGAAUAAUCAAUAUAGUUCCUGCAGUCGUUGGAAACAAGAAGACUAGGGAUCCAAUCUGCAAGGGUUUUGCAUUUGUUGAUUGCAAGUCCGAAGGAGACGCCAUAAGGUUUUUGCAAACAUUUUCUGGACAAUAUCUGACGUUUGGAAGAGUACAGAAGCAAAUAAAAUGUGAGAUGAUCAAUCGACGGACUUCCACUUCUGCUUGUGAAAGCUCAGUGGGCAGUACCAAGCAUGCUCUACCAAUUAUUCCUGAAUAUGAAGCAGAGCAGGAUGCUGACUUGGACAAGGAUUUAUCUGAUGAAGUUAUAAGAACAAGGGUGGAGGAUAUGGAAGAAAAUCUGGUAUCUGUCAGUGAAUUACAUUCGGAUGAUGAGGAUAAUGAGGAUGCAGAAUCAAGAACAGAGUCCAAAAUUCGGUCACCAUCCCGAAAGGAACUAGAGAGAAUCCAUGAACCAGAAGAAAUUCUUCCUAAUGGAAGAGAGGAAAUUCAUAGGGAAAUUCCACCUAUUAAAGGGAAAAUAAAGGUUUCAAAGAAAAAGCAACCCAAGGAAAAAGGAGAGAAGAAAUCAUUGACAGAAAUUCCAGGAUCUGCAAAAAGGUUAAGAGUAAAGGAGAAGGCCGUGUUAACUGACGUGUACUCAAGAUAUGGAAAUAAAUCAGCAGCUUUGGUUUCAAAAGAAGGGAACUAACUGGCUGGAGUGAAUUAAGAAUGUAAGACCUUAACCAGAAACUGAUAGGAGAUGUGAUUGCAAUUGCAUAAACAUGAUUUUCUGGGUGAUUAUUCCAAUCAAAUUUGUUCAGUCAGAGCUCCCUAUGGGCUUCUUUUAUGGAGUAGGGUGCUAAUAUUUUGGUCAAGUUCCAACUUCUAGCUCAUCCCCUUGCCAAAUUCAUGGUUCAUUGACUGUAAUAGUAUCUAAUGUAGGGCCUAAUUCAUUUGUUCAAUUUGGUUUUUCUCA